GAAACGUGAUUAUGAAAGUUAUUUAUGCUCCCUGCUGCUCCCUGCAGAAUCCCGAAGCUCUGCUUUUGCACUGAGGGCCUUCAAUGUGGAACUGGCUCAGGUGAAGGACUCAGUUUCUGAGAAAACAAUUGGAUUGAUGCGAAUGCAGUUUUGGAGAAAAACUGUGGAAGAUAUAUACUGUGACAAGCCACCCCAUCAGCCUGUGGCCAUUGAACUAUGGAAGGCUGUCAGAAAACAUAAUCUGACUAAAAGAUGGCUUAUGAAAAUCAUUGAUGAACGAGAAAAAAAUUUGGAUGACAAGGCAUAUCGUAAUAUCCAGGAACUUGAAAAUUAUGCUGAAAACACACAGAGUUCUCUCUUGUAUUUAACACUGGAAAUAUUGGGUGUAAAGAAUCUCCACGCAGAUCAUGCCGCAAGUCACAUAGGAAAAGCACAAGGCAUUGUCACUUGCUUGAGAGCCACGCCCUACCAUGGUGGCAGAAGAAAAGUGUUCCUUCCCAUGGAUGUGUGUAUGCUGCACGGUGUUUCACAGGAGGCCCUUCUAAGGAGGAACCAAGAUAAAAAUGUGAGAGAUGUGGUAUACGACAUUGCCAGCCAGGCGCACUUGCACUUAAAGCAUGCCAGGUCCUUCCACAAAAGUGUUCCUGUGAAAGCAUUUCCUGCCUUUCUUCAAACGGUUCCCCUAGAGGUUUAUUUAAAGAAAAUUCAACAAGUGGAUUUUGAUGUAUUCCACCCAUCUUUACAGCAGAAGAAUACAUUACUUCCCUUAUCUUUAUAUAUUCAAUCAUGGAGAAAAAGAUAUUAAAAUAACUUCCUGGUACAGAUAUUAA